AGCAAGAAAAUUUCCUUUUCCUAACUUGCUCACCGCUGUGUUAACAUGUUUGCUUGAGCUCGUGUCGGUAAAAAGUUUGCUAAGUAAUGUUCGAUAUCGAAAUUCAUUUGAAUUUGGUUGUUGGCAGUUUCGCCGGCGCCAGCGGCAGUGUAGUAAUUUUCUGUUCAAAACAAGCGAAGGUUUCCUGACCUGCCGCAUCGCCGCCGCGGUAUCUAUAUGAAGAUGGACGUUUGAAAGCGUUUGCUUGAUUAAAAUCCUGGUUUUUCUACUGAUAAAAAAGCAAUCCUUCGUUCAGGAUGUUUUUGUACAAUCUAACGUUGCAAAAAGCAACGGCGAUUACACACGCCAUCCAUGGCAACUUCUCCGGUGAUAAACUACAGGAGAUUGUGAUCUCUCGGGGCAAGUGUAUUGAAUUGCUCCGGCCAGAUCCGAACACAGGCAAAGUACACACAUUACUCAGCGUUGAAAUUUUCGGUAUUAUAAGAUCUCUCGUCGCGUUUAGGCUCACCGGUGGCACGAAAGAUUACAUUAUCGUCGGCUCGGACUCCGGCCGCCUGGUCGUUCUCGAAUAUAUGCCAGUGAAGAAUAUAUUUGAAAAAGUACACCAAGAAACGUUUGGCAAAUCUGGCUGCCGUCGUAUUGUACCCGGCCAAUAUUUGGCUGUGGAUCCAAAAGGUCGCGCUGGCAUGAUUGCUGCGAUUGAGAAACAAAAGCUUGUCUUUAUUUUCCAUCGGAGUCCGGAAGUAAAGCUGACGAUUUCAUCCCCACUGGAAGCCCACAAAAGCAACACUCUGGUCUAUCACAUGGUCGCCGUUGAUGUCGACUACAGCAAUCCUAUGUUCGCAUGCCUUGAAAUUGAUUACGAGGAUGCCGAUGCUGAUCCUACCGGCGAAGCCGCACAGAAAACUCAACAGACGCUGACUUUUUAUGAAUUGGAUUUGGGUUUGAAUCACGUCGUGCGAAAAUAUUCUGAACCUCUUGAAGAGCACGCUAAUUUUUUGGUAUCUGUGCCUGGGGGGCGAGAUGGUCCUUCUGGAGUUCUUAUUUGUUCUGAAAAUUAUCUGACUUAUAAGAACCUGGGAGACCAAAUGGACAUUCGUUGUCCAAUUCCAAGAAGGAGAAAUGAUCUAGAUGAUCCCGAACGAGGAAUGAUUUUUGUUUGCUCAGCCACCCACAAAACAAAAUCGAUGUUUUUCUUUCUGGCACAAACUGAACAGGGAGAUAUAUUCAAGAUUACCUUAGAUACUGUUGGGGAAGUCGUCACAGCAAUCAAGCUCAAGUAUUUUGACACUGUACCGGUGGCAACGGCGAUGUGCGUUCUGAAGACUGGAUUCCUCUUUGUCGCGUGCGAAUUUGGCAACCAUUAUCUAUAUCAAAUUGCUCAUUUGGGUGACGAUGAUGAUGAACUGGAAUUCAGCUCUGAGAUGCCAUUGGAAGAGGGUGACACCUUCUUCUUUGCCCCACGCUCACUUCGAAACUUGGUACUCGUUGAUGAACUGGAGUCGUUAUCGCCAAUUCUGUCCGCAAAAGUCGCCGAUCUUGCUGGCGAAGACACGCCUCAGUUUUACAUGGCUUGCGGAAGAGGUCCGAGAAGCUCUAUGAGAGUACUGCGGCAUGGGUUGGAGGUUUCGGAGAUGGCUGUUUCCGAACUUCCCGGUAAUCCUGAUGCUGUGUGGACUGUCAAGAAAAAAUCUGAUGAUAAAUACGAUGCCUACAUUAUCGUGUCCUUCGUCAAUGCUACCUUGGUGCUUUCCAUUGGUGAAACCGUCGAGGAAGUAACUGACAGUGGUUUUCUCGGCACUACUCCAACGCUCUGCUGCGCGUCAUUUGCUGAUAAUGGUUUGGUACAAAUUUUCCCCGAAGGUAUUCGACACAUUUGGGCAUCAGGACGAGUGCGAGAUUGGAAAGCCCCGGGAAAAACACACAUCGUUCGCUGUGCCGUCAACCAACGCCAGGUUGUCAUCGCACUUACCGGCGGAGAACUCGUUUACUUUGAAAUGAAUAAAGACGGUAAACUGCAUGAUUACGAAAAGACACAACGGAUGAGUUCCGAUGUGGUCUGUAUGGCACUUCCCAAUGUACCAGCUGGUGAACAGCGCUCAUGGUUCCUAGCCAUCGGUCUAGCUGACAAUACAGUGCGAAUUAUAUCACUCGAUCCCAGCGAUUGUUUAUCGUCGAGAUCAAUGCAAGUUCUGCCUGUUUGCGCUGAGAGCUUAUGCAUCGUAGAAAUGGGAUGCGCUGAACGAGAUCAGGAAGAUGCGGCUUCUGCGAGUACGACGACUUCAUUAUAUUUAAACAUUGGUCUACAAAACGGAGCGUUAUUGAGGGCUGUUCUGGAUCCGGUAUCGGGAAAUUUGACUGAUACUAGAACACGAUACUUGGGCUUACGGCCGGUAAAGUUGUUCAGGAUUCGUAUGCAAAACUCCGAGGCAGUAUUAGCGAUGACAAGCAGAUCAUGGUUAAGUUAUUAUUAUCAGAGUCGCUUUUAUCUCACGCCGUUGUCAUACGAAAGUCUGGAAUAUGCCUCUGGUUUUAGCUCUGAACAAUGUCCAGAAGGAAUUGUCGCGUACUUCAACGAACACACUGCGUAUUCUUGCGCUGGAAAAACUGGGCGCCGUAUUCAACCAGGUUUCAUUUCCCUUGGAAUACACUCCCCGACAGUUUGUCGUCCAUCCUGAAACAUCUAAUAUUCUAAUUCUUGAGACUGAACACAAUGCUUACACCGAAGAAACCAAAAAGCAGCGAAGACAGCAAAUGGCCGAGGAAAUGCGCGAAGCUGCGGGCGAAGAAGAGCAAGAGUUGGCACGGGAGAUGGCUGAUGC